AUGAAAAGCCGCAAAGCACAGCGAGCCCAGACAGAAUCCUGCAAUCGAUACGCCGGAUUUAAUCCAGCGGUCGUCGUCGGUGCCGACAAGGCCGAGGCCGAAGUAGACUGUGUUGCCGGUCUGCAUGCUCACGAAGGAGCCCCAGAUGAAGACGGCGGAACUGUCGAGAAGACCAGUGAUUAUGUAGCAGAAGAGGAGGAGGAGAUCGCCAUGGCGAGGAUCGAGGGGUUGUUUGAGGUAUGUCGAUAG